GUGUGGGCAGCAAUUCCUCCGUGGAAACAGGGCACUCUGUCAGAAUUUGUGGUAGCUAGUGGAAAUGAGGUGUCUUUUAAGCCGAAGUGUCUCAGUCACACAGAAGCUGCCUCCUUACCAUAUGUAGGUCUCACAGCAUGGUCUGCAGUUAACCAAGUUGGAGGACUGAACCAAAGUAAUUGUAGUGGGAAAAGAGUAUUAAUAUUAGGAGCUUCAGGAGGAGUUGGUACAUUUGCUGUACAGCUGGUGAAGGCCUGGGGUGCUCACGUGACAGCAGUUUGUUCUCCUGAUGCCAGCACACUGAUGAAAAAGCUUGGAGCGGAUGAUGUGAUAGAUUACAAAUCUGGAAAUCUGGAAGAGCAACUUAAAAUGUUACCCUUAUUUGAUUUCAUCCUAGAUAACGUUGGUGGAUCCACUGAGAAGUGGGCUCUAGAUCUCCUGAAGAAAUGGUCAGGAGCAACGUAUGUCACCUUAGUGACACCUUUCCUGAUCAAUAUGGACAAACUUGGAGUGGCUGAUGGCAUGUUACAAACAGGAGUCACUGUUGGUUCCAAAACUAUUAAGCAUCUCUUGAAAGGAGUCCAUUAUCGGUGGGCAUUUUUUACACCAAGUGGCCCAAGUCUGGAUGAAAUAGCAGAACUAGUUGAUUCUGGAAAGAUUCAACCAGUUAUUGAUCAAGUCUUCUCAUUUUCUGAAGUUCCAAAGGCCUUUCUGAAGUUGGAAGGAGGACAUGCACGUGGAAAAACAGUGAUCGAUGUAAUUAGUAAAAAAUAAAGUAUCUC